AUGCCUGUUCCAAGCAAGCACACGAACAUUGGCCGCUCUCAGAGCUGGGAUGCUGCGGGGUGGUACGAAGGCAACUGGGAGAGCGAAAACGCGUUUGAAAGCCAAAGACCUUCGGGAAGGAGAAACUCUCUGACCUACGCUGGCGAAGGUGGUUGGUACGAGCAGCCGAACCACAGGCCAAAUGAUAUCAUCUUGCAAGGAGGUGCUGAGCUGAAGCAAGAGGCGUACCCGUACCAGGAUCCCGUUUUCAGCCAGGGUCCCGUACGGAAAGGUUCGGUUCCUGACUUCACCUACUACGAGAGGCAGGCUGCCAUGUCCGGGCGAAGCUCCUUGCCACCUCAGGAUUACUACAGUGACCCAGCCUUAGCUGCCCGGUCACCUAAAGAUCCCCGCUACUACAGAGACCAUGCGAUGAACAGACCGCUGCCGAGCUAUGGGAUGCCCGGUAGCAGGUUGUCCUGGGAUCAGGUGCAGGGACGGCCGCCCGCCGAAGCGGGUCGCGUGUACAGGGAUCCAAAAGUGAUCGCGGAAGGGCAAAGGAUGCGGAACAGGGAUCCUUCUCCGGCGAGGUACGGCGUUGAGCCCCCCGUGCCCAGGUACGCGGCGGAGGCGCCGGCCUUCCCGGGGAGGCCGCUCUUCAGCGAGACGCCGGAAAGACCCAUGGAGGCUGCGGCUGCCAGGCAGACGGCGCCGACGUGCCUGGUGGUUGAUCCGAGCUCCGCCGUCGCCCCCGACGGCAGCCUGGGUCCGGCUGCGGUGAGUCGCGGUUACGGGCCGGGCAGGGAAAGCGUCGGCGCUAAAGUUCCUUACGACGGCUACGAACCUGCCGCGACUCCUUCGCACGCGCAGCUGCCUCCCGCUUUCUCCGCGCAGGACGGCAAAAAGACUUUCGAUCCGGAGUUCCUCGCGCUUUUGCGCGCGGAAGGAGUGUCCGAAAGCACGUUCAGCGCUCUGCUGCAGCAAGGGUUUGACUCCCCCAACUUGCUAGCCAUGAUGGAGGAGAACGAUAUAAAGUCUGUGGCCCCGAAUCUCGGGCAAGCCAGAGUGCUUUCUCGCCUAGCCCAUAAUUUCAAAACCGAAAUGCAGCUCCAGAGGCUUGACAGGAAGAGCAGCGCCCUCCGUGCCAGGACCCGCUCGAACAGUUUUAGUCACCGAAGCGAGCUGCCGAGCGAGUACGGCGCGCACCUCGUCUCGGGCCCCCUCGUAGACGGUGCGGCCGUGCAGCAGCCUUUACAGCCCGUCUCUCCGAGGGUGGGAGAGAUAAAUCGUCGGCCGUCCAGUGCCCCGACGCAGCACCUCCUGGAAACUGCCGCCUACUCUGCGUCGGGGGUCGCUUCCCAGGGGCCUCAGUGUCUCCCUAACUCUGGAUACAGCGCUCCUCUCCCGUGCAACGUGCACCCUCGCCCGGGCUCCGGCUACUCCGCAAACCCGCACGCGAGUCCCAGGACGGCGUAUCCCACCACGUACACGGUGCCCAUGGAGCUGAUGAAGAGGGAGCGGACGGCGCCGGCGUCCCCGGCGCACAGCCCGCACGGCAGCCCGCAGCCGCUCCGCAAGCAGGGAGCGCCGGCCGAGCCCGCCCUGGCGCCCGCCGGCUUCCCCGCGCACCACUCCCCCUACCCCAAGCUCAGCCGGCGCACCGGGCCGCCCGUCAUCGUCUCCACCAUGGCAUCGCCUGAACCAAGUAUUCGCCCGCAGAUCAUGAAUGGCCCUAUGCACCCCCGUCCCCUGGUGGCCCUGCUAGACGGAAGGGACUGCACCGUCGAGAUGCCCAUUUUGAAAGAUUUGGCCACUGUUGCAUUCUGUGACGCACAAUCAACUCAGGAGAUUCACGAAAAGGUAUUAAAUGAAGCCGUUGGGGCAAUGAUGUACCACACCAUCACUCUGACUCGAGAAGAUCUAGAAAAGUUCAAGGCCUUACGGGUCAUUGUUCGGAUAGGCAGCGGCUACGACAACAUUGACAUCAAAGCUGCGGGGGAGCUUGGGAUCGCGGUCUGCAACAUCCCGUCGGCAGCCGUGGAGGAGACGGCGGAUUCCACCAUCUGCCACGUCCUCAACCUCUACAGACGAAACACUUGGCUCUACCAGGCGCUGCGGGAAGGGACCCGGGUGCAGAGCGUGGAGCAGAUACGGGAGGUGGCCUCAGGAGCAGCCCGGAUCCGAGGAGAAACCCUCGGCCUCAUUGGGUUCGGUCGCACGGCGCAGGCGGUGGCCGUCCGGGCCAAGGCGUUCGGCUUCAACGUGCUCUUCUACGACCCGUACCUGCAGGACGGGAUAGAGAGGUCCCUGGGGGUGCAGCGGGUCUACACGCUGCAGGACCUGCUCUACCAGAGCGACUGCGUCUCCUUGCACUGCAACCUUAACGAGCAUAACCACCACCUGAUCAACGACUUCACGAUCAAGCAGAUGAGGCAGGGCGCGUUCCUGGUGAACACGGCGCGCGGCGGGCUGGUGGACGAGAAGGCCUUAACGCAGGCGCUGAAGGAGGGGCGGAUACGAGGGGCGGCGCUGGACGUGCACGAGUCGGAGCCUUUCAGCUUUGCUCAAGGCCCGUUGAAAGACGCUCCUAAUUUAAUCUGUACGCCGCACACCGCUUGGUACAGCGAGCAGGCGUCGCUGGAGAUGCGAGAGGCUGCUGCUACGGAGAUACGGCGGGCCAUCACGGGUCGCAUCCCGGAGAGCCUGAGGAACUGCGUGAAUAAGGAAUUCUUUGUCACAACAGCGCCGUGGUCCGUACUAGACCAGCAAGCAAUCCAUCCGGAGCUCAAUGGUGCCGCGUACAGGUAUCCGCCUGGCAUGGUCAGCGUUGCCCCGGGAGGGAUACCAGCAGCGAUGGAGGGCAUCAUUCCCGGAGGCAUCCCCGUUACCCACAAUCUUCCAACAGUGGCACAUCCUUCGCAAGCUCCAUCACCUAACCAGCCCACAAAACACGGGGACAACAGGGAACAUCCCAACGAGCAAUAGCAGAUAAUUUAAAAUAAUUAAAAAAAAAAUCAUUCAAUAAACUUGGGACCAAGAGACAUUGGAAAAGAAGUUAUACAUGAACUUACUUAAAAAAUUUGAUACAAAAUUUGUAAUGUUGAUUUUGGACAGAUGCAUCAUUGAUGUUCCAGUGUUAACGACAAAGUGAUAGCAGUCACGACUGGGGAGAAGCCCUAAAGAAGUCAUCUGCUUGCUGAAGCGCUGAAAACUAGGAUGUGAUACAUUAAUGAUCAACUUCUGUUAUUGUGUGUUAAGUUUCCUUCAUCUGUACAUCAAUCAUAUAAAUAAAAAAAAAUAGAUUUUUCUCCCUUAAAUCCUUGGGAAGAACAGGGCAUCUGCACCUGUUUUCAAAUAAUUGCAUUAAGCAAUCCUUACAGAGUUAACUUAGAAAUUUAAGAGGAAACCAUUAUGUGGCUUCAGCCCUUUCCUUACUCUUGUAUCUGGUUACCUCUUCUAAUGAGGGGCAUCAAUACUGGCUUAGAUUUUUUUUUUUUUUUUUUUUUUUUUGCAGUCUUACAGGGCCAGUGACAUGUAACAGAAGUUCCCCUGAUCAGUUUAAGGUAUAAAACUAUUGCAGCCAGGAACAGAGCAGAGAGGACAGAAAAGGCUCCUGGCAUCAGCCACUGCCCUCCCAAACUAGUAAGAAACAAACUGCCAGUCUCGCCUCUGCCCAAUACACUGAAUAAAAGUAGCUGUGCAUUCACUUAUGCCCUCCAAUGAUGCAAGGAAAAAAAAAAAAAAGUAUUAAGUUGUUUCACACACUAUUUGUACUCAGAUAUAUUUUCUCAGUUUUAAAUCUGCAGCUAUUUUAUCAAGUGGAAAAAGUCUUGAGCUGGAAAGGGUUCAAGAAUAAUGUUGCAUUUCCUUAUGUCUCAGGAAACACUUUUUAUGGUAACUUGUCAGACUGUCUAUGAACAAAACCCACUUUUUUAGACAUUGAUAAAGUCUUCUUUUCUUCACGUGAUAUUUUAUACAAGAACACUUCAAAAUGUGUUAUUAGAUGUGACUGAUUUUAACAAAUCCUAUUAGAUUUGUAUCAACUAGUUACAUGUUAUAUUCAUAGUCUUUUGUGAAUCAUCGCCUUUUUGUUUUUAAAAAGAUGGCCUAUUUUGAGCCUUUAUAUGGGUACAUUCCUGUUUCUGUGACAAAAAAAUUAAGCUGUCCCAAACAGAAAAAAACCAAUGGCUAUCAGAAGUAUGUUUUGUUUUAGUGUGUUACCGUUAUUGUAUUUGUUUAUUGUAAAGGUGGACAUUUAGCGUUCAGUGCAGUUUUCAAUAAAAAAUGAUAAAAUUUCUAUAA